UCCAUGGAGACUGACUGACUGACUAUCAGUUUCACAAUGACAAUGACAAUAAAACCGGCCUUGGCUGCAACUUUUUCCAAGCAAACUCAAACAUACUGAAAAUGAUCCCACCUCGCUUGGGAACUAUUUUAAAAGGCAGAGGUCAGCCACCUCCUGAUCAUCGUGGAACGGCGGAAUAAAAGAUGAUGUCGCGAGUCGCGACGCGUACCUUGUCCUUCACUAUUAGUUUGCAAGCAGAGUUGUGGUCGAAUCAACACCGGCUCUGCUGCCAGCCCACACCAACUGACCAACAUCACUACCGACGUCAAGCAGCCUAUUAGAACAUCGGCAGCUGCCUAUAAAAAAGCAGCUCCUCUGCUCGCUCGCUCGCUCUUAUUCCGGGGGCAGAAUUUAGAUCAGAGGGGGGGAACACACUGAAAAACACAGAGACUUUGCUUUCAUUUUUCUGCCCUGGGCUGGGAGUGGAGUGGAGGUGGAGCAGCAGAAGCCAUCAGCUGAAAAGGACGGAACAUUAAUAAAAGACCAUACCAGACCAGACCAGACCAGAUCCUACUGGAUGGAACCCUGCAUCAUAAAAGGAAAUUAGAAUCACAGAAAAUAGAAACGAACCCAGAAGGGUAAAACAACUCAUCGGCGGGGUGCCGCGCCGCCGCUCUCCUCUGCGUCCUCCCUUUCUUGAGAUCGAUCGGCCCCCUCGCACCCAAAAAGUGAAUCACUAGAAAAGAAAACCAACCAAAAUCGAUUGAAGGAGGCCUACCCAGAGACCAGGGCUCUCUCUCUCUCUCUCUCUCUCGGCGGCCGGCGCCCUUUCUUCUUUCACGGUCAGCAUCGUUUCCAGUGACGGUAGAAAGAGAGAGAGAGAGAGAGAGAGACGGGAGGGAGGGAGCUAGAAUAGAUGGGGUUUCUUCUCUCUUGUGCUUUCUUCAUUUCCUUAGAAAAUACGAUGUGAGGGAGAAGAAGAAUGAAGCGAGGCGGCGGUCAGAGAGUUAGAUGGAGGAGGAGCCUAUGGUUUCGGUUCGGAGCAAGCGAAAUGGAGAGGAGGCCGCUGCCUGGAAUGGAGGAUUGGGCUGGGAACUGGGAUUACAUAUAGAUAGCUCCAUUUACCGUUUUGCCCCUCCAUUUCCCGGAAAUCACAAUCUUCCCACCGUCUCCUGCUUUUGUGAAAACUGAAAAGGCAAAGGUAGUGAGUGCAAGGCUGAAGAAGCUAUAUAUGAAGUGAACCGAAAUGCCUUUGGCGAGCGAGGAGUGGCGGGAGGGACUAAUGGAGGGUUGGUGGAAUUAUUAUUGGGCGCCGGUGGGGAUAGCGGUGGCGGUCGUAGUGAUCGGGAGCCUGAGAUGGGCGGCGAAGAGAGGGAACGUGUGGUGGCAAGAGUCGGGCCUGCCGGAAGAAAUGCGACGGCGGCUGCCUCCAGGGGAUUACGGCUGGCCACUCAUCGGCAACAUGUGGUCAUUCCUUUCGGCUUUCAAGUCUCAUGACCCCGAUUCCUUCCUCCGUACUUUCACCAACAGAUAUGGAGGGCGUGGGCUUUACAAGGCAUUGAUGUUUGGACGGCCCAGCGUGUUCGUGACAACCCCGGAAGCAAGCAAGCGAGUGCUAAUGGACGACGAAGCCUUCAAGCCCGGCUGGCCCACCUCCACGGUGGAGCUAAUGGGCAAGAACUCCUUCAUCGGAAUCUCCUGCGAAGAGCACAAGCGGCUUCGCCGUUUGACCGCAACCCCAGUCAACGGGUACGAAGCCCUCUCCCUCUACAUGACCUUCAUCGGGGAGAACGUCGUCGCCGCUCUGGAAGAAUGGUCUUCUGCCGGGGAGCCCUUGGAGCUACUGACCCAGCUCCGAAAGCUCACUUUCCGGAUCAUAAUGUUCAUCUUCCUCAGCUCCGAGUGCGAGGACGUCAUGGAAACCCUGGAGAGACAGUACACCACGGUCAACCAUGGAGUCAGAGCCAUGGCUAUCAACUUCCCUGGUUUUGCUUACCACAGAGCCCUCAAGGCACGUAAGAAAGUGGUGGAUGUGCUACAAUUAGUUCUAGAUGAGCGCAGAAGCAGAAUCAAACAUGAGGAUGGGAGUGGGAAGAAGCAAUUGGGAAAGAGUAAAAAGGUGGACAUGAUGGAUGAAUUAAUGAGCGUUGAAGAUGAGAAUGGGCGGAAGCUUAGAGAUGAAGAGAUCAUAGAUGUUCUCUUGAUGUACUUGAAUGCUGGCCAUGAAUCCUCUGCUCAUGUCACCAUGUGGGCAAUGGUGUUACUACAUCAGCACCCUGAUUGCCUUCGCAAAGCCAGGGAGGAGUCAGAGGAAGUUGUAAAGCGAAGGCCAACCCAUCAAAAGGGUGUAUUGACUCUCAAGGAAAUACGCCAAAUGGAUUACCUAUCUAAGGUGAUAGAUGAGACACUCCGAUUCAUAACAUUCUCGCUCGUUGUAUUCAGAGAAGCGAAAACAAACGUGGAUAUGAGUGGUUAUACGAUUCCUAAGGGCUGGAGGGUACUAGUUUGGUUCAGGGGUGUUCAUUUGGACCCUGAGGUAUACCCGAAUCCAAGAGCAUUUGACCCUUCCAGAUGGGAUAAUCUGACACCAAAGGCGGGUACUUUCCUUCCAUUUGGAGCAGGAAGUCAUAUGUGCCCUGGAAACGAUCUUGCCAAGAUCGAAAUUGCUGCUUUCUUACACUAUUUCCUCGUCGGCUAUGAGGCUCGAACUCGUGAAUCCAGAGUGCCCCUUACAGUACUUGCCUCACCCGCGACCAAAAGACAAUUGUUUGGCUCGUAUCAAAAAGAUAUCGCAACAUGGGUAGUCAUCCUUCUCCUCCUCUCCAUCGUCAUCCUCUGCUUCCUGCUAGGGGGAAGAGAAGCACAUUGCACAGGUUUAUGUUUGGCAUGUUAUGUUGUGGUGCGAUUGAUGGUGCUAGGCUACCCUAAUUCUGUUUGUGAAACGAAAUAAUCUAGUAGGUGGUUCACUACUGGAAAAGCUCACGAGUACCAUUGUGUGUUAGGGGUCAAUGAUUACUUGUAGUAAAUAAACAACUUGUGUUCUUUGUUACCACCUGUAUUCUCGUGGUUGAGAAUGAAUCAUAGUUUUCAACUGAAUCGCUUGGAAUAUUUUAAAGCAAAGGAUUAAUGUGACUGACAUGGAGAUUGCC